AGGAGCUCUCCGCUUGGUCACAAAGCUCUGAUACAUAUGGCGGCUCUGGUGUUUGUCAGCGGCCAGUCACGCAUGCAGCAGCUUUGAGCGCUAAUGCGCUCAGAGUCGCUGUAGCUUACGCUAUUGUGACGCAUCUCCCCUCUGGGCCGUGGGGCAAACAGCCCCGCGGACGACUCGGUGAAGGUACUGACUAGGACCCUUUUCCCAGUCAGCAUCCGACGGAUUCGCAUUUUCGCAUCUUACCUUUUACCUUGCUCGUUUGUUUUGAACACAUUGCAAGAAUCGCCAAAAUACAAUAAACCUUUUAUUGAGAUUACAGCCGUAAAAUAUAAUAGUCGCUACGCCCCAGUUCUCCAUAUACCUCCCUCACAGCUUAUCCUCCACUGCCUCUAGCCUUCCUACGCGACCUCCAGUAGUGCGAGCGGCAUCCCAACUCUCUAGACUUUCCUCUUGCUAGAUGAAAAAGGCAUUGAAGGCCAAUUGAAGAAGGAUAUCAUAAAUUUUUUGACUCGAGAUAAAACUAUAGAUAUGCCUUCCGCAUCAAUUGAUCACAACAAGUUCGACAGCAUACCGGACACAGUCGCUGCUUUCCGCAAUGGCGAAUUUAUCGUAGUCAUGGAUGAUCCUGGCCGAGAAAAUGAAGGCGACCUCAUCAUUGCCGCCCAAGACUGCACCGCUGAGAAGAUGGCCUUCAUGGUCCGGUACUCGUCGGGCUACGUCUGCGCACCCAUUCCACCCGAACGUACUGAAUACCUCGAGCUGCCACAGAUGGUCCCCAAUAGUCAGGAUCCUCGCGGUACUGCCUACACGAUCUCGAUUGACGCCGCCGACCCAUCCGUCACCACCGGUAUCGGCCCCUAUGACCGCGCCUUGGCCGUCAGACGCUUGGCUGAUCCGACUGCGACGGCCGCAAGCUUCCGCCGCCCUGGACACAUUCUACCGCUUCGCGCGGUUUCAGGGGGCGUUAGGGCACGGAGGGGCCAUACUGAAGCCGCCAUUGACUUCUGUCGCUUAGCCGGCAAGGCCGAGGCCGCUGCUAUAGGUGAGAUCGUCGACGACGGCGAAGAAGUUGCUGGACAGGCAAUACGGCGAGACCCGGGCAUGAUGAGGGGUGAGGGUUGCAUUGCAUUCGCAAGAAAGUGGAAUCUAAAAGUCUGCACCAUCGAGGAUCUCGUUAUUUACCUCGAGAAGACGGAGGGAAAACUCGGUGCAAACGGAACGUCAUAAAUAUUGGCGUGUAUUAGACGGCAAACUCAACAGCAAAAUAGGGGUAUGGGCUUGUUUUCAAGUGACUAUUAUUAACCUAUAAAUUAGAGAAGCAAGCAGCCAUCUUGCGAUCGGACAUAUUCUGUAUAAACGGCGUCGGCAUAUGUAUAAAAAGGAUACUAGAGUCCACACUCCAAUAUAUCUCAUACGACUUUUCUGUCUGUUUUCAGCUCACUUACUGCAGGUAGUCUAUAUUUCUAGGUAAAGAUGAGCACUACUGUGUUAACAUACGAGCUGCACGUUUAUCGUUUGCGAGUCUUGUUGGAGUCGUCUCGGUUUUUCUGGUCACCAAAAUGCAUUUACGGAUCCUCAUGGUGAACCACACUGUUGACAGCAACCUUUCCGCACUGGGGCAUAGCUAUGAAUUAACCUCUGACUCGUGGGUGCAAUGGA